CUUCUCUUCCUGCCGAAGCUGUGUUUUCUGUACCCCGGAGGGCUGCUGAUAUCCAGAGGGCCGCAGAAAGCCGUCGACUCCUCACUCUGCGAAAAUGGGGAUCUCCCGUGAUUCGAUGCAUAAGAGGCGAGCCACUGGUGGCAAGAAGAAGUCAUGGAGGAAGAAGCGAAAGUAUGAGCUCGGAAGGCAGCCUGCCAACACCAAGCUCUCCAGCAACAAGACAGUCAGGAGAGUGAGGGUUCGUGGAGGCAAUGUGAAAUGGCGUGCAUUGAGGCUCGAUACUGGAAACUUCUCAUGGGGUAGCGAGGCGGUGACCAGGAAGACCAGACUUCUCGACGUGGUGUAUAAUGCGUCUAACAAUGAGUUGGUUCGUACUCAGACUUUGGUCAAGAGUGCCAUUGUUCAGGUCGACGCAGCACCUUUCAAGCAGUGGUAUCUUCAGCACUAUGGUGUUGACAUUGGUCGCAAGAAGAAGAACCCAGCUGCAGCAGCAGCUGCCAAGAAGGAAGGAGAGGAAGCUGAAGCUGUCCCUGAAGAAGUGAAGAAGAGCAGCCAUGUGACAAGGAAGCUGGAGAAGAGGCAGCAGACCCGCCAGCUUGACUCACAUAUUGAGGAGCAGUUCGGCGGUGGGCGUUUGUUAGCUUGCAUUUCAUCACGCCCUGGUCAAUGUGGCCGUGCUGAUGGAUACAUCUUGGAGGGCAAAGAGCUGGAGUUCUAUAUGAAGAAGUUGCAGAAGAAGAAGGGCAAGGGAGCUGGAGCUGCUUAAUAGUUUUGAUUCACUGGAUAUUUGUCAGCUUUUGUUCCUUGUUUUAUAUUUUCGGUCUUCAAGACUUUUUUUUGAGAUAUGACAAUGAGAUGCCAAAGUUUCGCCCUUUCACUACUGCUGAACCAUAUACUUUAGAAUACUCAUCAUGUCCUCUAGUUAAAAUGAUGUGUUUCUGUUUCUUCUAAAAUAUUGGUUCGUGUACGUCUUCUGCAUCAGUGUUAAAUUUUCUCAGCCAGUAGACAAAAUACAACGAAGUGCUCGAGACUGAGUGUAUGUAGAUUCAGUAUUUAUCACCGUACUCAUCGUUCUGCCUCAAUUGUUUGUUGAUGAAAUCUUAG